UCCUCUCCCGACUCCAUCCAGUCCAGUGUCUCUCCCCAUGUGCAGUGUGGUUAAAGAGGUUACAUGUCUGUUAUGUAACAACAUCUCAACAUCCUGCAUGGGCCUACACGUGUUAUUGCUUAACAUUUUAUUAUUAUGAUUAUGAUUGUCGGCAUUAUGAUCAUCAUUAUUAGCAUUAACUAUCAUGCACCUGCAACGUGGAAUUUGUACCUGAGGCUGUUCUGGAUUCCUUUGUGAUUCUUUUUGCAUUUACUCCUUAGGCUUUCACAUUUGAUCAUUUGCCAAUUUUACUCUUUCUUGUUUGUCUUUUCUUGGUGUCCUGGGAAUGCUUUGUCCAUUUCCUGUAUGUGAUUUCCCUUCUAUGUUGUGAAUGAGGUCUCUAUUUAAAUGUAUUUCUGAGUUAAAAUUAAAUAUUUAUUUCUCAACACUAGCCCUGGAUAAGCAGGGAUGAUAGGAGGAGGUGCUGCAGUUCAGUGUCAUGUGCAGAGAAAGUGCAGGCAAGAUGUAAAUAUAAGCACGAGGAGCGCCAUCUUCCUCAUUUGUGAUGCAUCAUGCAGGAUGUGUAACUCCAACAUGACCAUAUGUAGUGGUACAGAUUGGAUUUGUAUGCUGUGGCAGAUGUAUAUGUGUGUACAUAUUGUAUUACAUAAGACCUGCGCCCCCCCCCCCGACCUGUCAUACAUGUAUCAAAGGUGAGGUCAGGACUAAGUUUAUUCCUGCAGGAGGCAAGUGAAGCGAGGACACAUGUUGGCCUUUGCUCAGUGGGUCAUGUGUCACAGUGUCAAGUGAACUGUCAUGGUGGUUCUGGUGCUAUAGUGUAAAACGGGGUUUAAUUAAGUUGUGGCUAUUGAGGAAAGGUAGAAAAUAGUUUAAACAAGUAUUUAAAGCGCAAUAUAUCAACCCAUGUGUAUUUGAAGGCACUCUUUCAAUUAGAAGUGUGUGUGUGUGUGUGUGUGUGUGUGGUCAAGGUAUUACUCAUGUUGUGGAAGACCUCAAUCUCUUUACACAGUGACAGUAUGGGGACUUGUCUUCCUAAUGAGGACAAAAAGCAAGUCCCAAUAAUGUAAAUCAUUAAAUUUGAAUGUGAAGACAAGGUUAGGUUAAGGUUCACGUAAGGGUAAGGGUUAGGUAAGUAGUGACGAUGGGUAAGGUUAGAGCAAGUCUCCAGGAAAUCAAUGUAAGUCAAUGUAAUGUCCUCUGAACUCAUGGAGACAGGACUGUGUGUUUGUGUGUGUGUGUGCGUGUGUUUGCGUGUGUGGUUGUUGAGCAACUCACAUUACAAGCUGCUGUUGAUUAUAAACACGGCCAUGUGUGCAGCUCAUGUGCGCUCUCCUCGCCGUUCGUCUGCAGCUCAGUCAGCCUGGCAGAGAUUUGCUUAUUAGGUUUAGAGGUUAGCAGUGUCCUUGACAUGUGCUGCCAGAAGCCAGCUACAGUGAGUCAUCAAAGCUAAUGGGGGAAGCAUGGACAAUUUAAUCUGGACUGGAGAGCCCUUGAUCUGUGAUGGUGCCCACUCAGUGGGCCCUUUGUUGUCAAAUAGAGCCCACCCAUCCCUGCCCACUCAAGAUGUUUGGAGCAGAUUGCAGCGAUGUAGCAUAGCACAGCACCAGCAAGAAACAUUAAUCUCCUGGAAAUGUCCAAAAAUCCAGCAAUCAGUAGAACGGUUGAUGAAAUUCAACUCGAUGGUUUGAUUAAAAAAGAUUUGACCAGUGGCACCAGUUGUAUGAGGUGAUAAUAGACAGCUAAUAGUCAUUAUGAACAGAAUAACGUUGUACUGGUGUAUUCCAUGUGGGACCAUGUUUCAGGACAUAUUUGACAGCUCACUAGCUACCAUUAGACGACAAGCUAACGACAGACAAGUCAUUUUCUAGAUUAUUAUUAUUAUUAUUUCCUGUCCCAGCUGUUGAUUGCCAGACUUUCUACCAGAGGAUUAUAAACAAAGACACUCGCAAGCAAACCUGUCAACAAACACUUCAUCCAUAGAUAUUCAUUAGGCUCUCCAGGCAAUGUUAACCUCACAACAUCAUGUGUGUUGUGUUUGUAAAUAUUUGAUAGCUCACUAGCUACCAAUAGACACAGCUAACUGUGGCAUUCAACCGCUUCUCAGUAUGUGAUGAAAUGGGAAAGACAUUUUAAUCCUUAAAAUAUCAAUUCACCUUAGAAAUAAAACAUACUGGAAUCAAGCUUGUAAUCUCACGCUAAAUGCUCAAUUCAGUCCAAUGCGAAAGUGCUUGAAACAAACCUUUGUGUUGAUGCAAACUGUAUGUACAUAAAACAGAAACACGUUCCAGUGAGCAUAAUGUCACGUAACGUUUCUGAGUAUUUCUGAGGUCAGGUGAAAAUACAAGGACAGUUAACAGUACAUUGCUUGCUUGAUUACAUCCAGUUUACUUAAACCUCUUUUAUUUCCAAAUUAGCAAGUACACACAGGUUUCUUUGAAUGUGGGUAAACCAUCUUAAAAAAAGGUGAUGACUCCCAUUGCCAGUUGAGGAGUUUGCCUGUCUUGCUUGUUUUUUUGGCCCAGUGCGUCAUAUUCAUCACAACUGAGGCGCUCUCACCUCGCUGUCUUGCCAAAUUUGGCGUCACCUUUAUGACUGCUGAUCGGAGGCAGAGAAGAAAAGCAGUCACAAAGAUGAAAUGUCACAUGGAUGAAAACAAGUUAAUCAGAUUCUCAAUGUUUAUAUAUAACUUAUAAACCUGGAUCUCAGUAGUACAACAUGAUAUUCUUUUCAUAAAGGUAUUUGAGCUUCCCGUCCAGAGUGUGAUGUCAGAGGAAAAUGGCCGCCAUGUGAAUAUUCUGUAUAUAGUCUAUUGUAGAGACAAUAGAUCAAUAGAUAAGACAAAUGUUUGUUUUCCUUGAUGUGUAUAUCCAUAAGAUCUUGAUCCCGAGGCAAUGUUAGCCAAACAACAUCAUGUGUAUUGUGUGUGUGUGUGUGUUUUCACAGGAGAACAGGUGGUCUUUAGAGGCGCUCGGCGGUGUGUAGGGCUGACACGCUGACUGUUUGUACAAACCAAGGGUGGCUCAAACGCAGACACACCUCUGAUGCCUCUGGCCAGUUUGAGCUCUAUGGUGUGUGCUCGCUGGGAUAAAAGUGGCCUGGCCAAAGAGCAAAGUGUUGCUACACUCAGUAAAGCCCACACAGGAUGUCGUGGGCCAGGGGCCUCUUUGUAGGCAGAGUGGAUGAUCGAAAGACAGCAUGGGGAGAGCGCAAUGGAAAAAAGAGGACGGACAGCUCGUCCCUGUGCAACCCGCGGUACAUGAGCUGCCUGAGGGACCCUGAGGACCUCGAGCCCUCUCAUGCGGCCCCUCAGCAUUACCACUGUGCGGCGGGCACCAGCGGGGGCAACUUUGGCUUGCGCUGUGGCUGGCAGGAGGACCACUAUGGGAAAAGGAUGGGUGGCGGUGGGGAUCUGGGUCUAAAGGCGGUGGACCUUGGCUUCGAAGAUGGCGAGCUGAAGGGAAGGAAAGAGGAGGAAUCAGGGGAAUUAGCCGAGGGCAGCUGCAACACGAUGAGCGCCUUAGACUGCUGGAUGCGGUUUGUGUGGGUUUUCCAAUCCAAGAAGUUUCAGUCCACCAAGCUGGAGCGCCUGUACCAGCGCUACUUCUUCAGGCUCAACCAGAGCUCCCUGACCAUGCUGAUGGGGGUUCUGGUGGUGGUGUGCGGGGUCAUGCUCGCCUUCCACUGCAGCCACAAGACUCCAGAUGAUGCCUACGUCUCAGUACUCUGUGUGGCCAUGGCGCUCUUCUUGGCCAUGAUGGUGGUGUGCAACCGCAAUGGCUUCCAUCAGGACUACAUGUGGAUUGUGAGCUAUCUGGUGAUCGGGGUGCUGAUUGUGGUGCAGGUUUUUGGGGUGCUGAAGAUGGAUCCCCGCAGUGCCUCAGAGGGCAUCUGGUGGACGGUCUUCUUCAUCUACAUUAUAUACACACUGCUGCCGGUCAGAAUGAGAGCUGCUGUGCUCAGCGGAGCAGUGCUGUCCACCAUACAUGUAGUCACCGCCUGGCUGCUCAACCAAGAGGACAAGUACAUUUACAAACAGGUCAGUGCCAACGUGCUGAUCUUCCUGUGCACGAACAUGAUCGGGAUCUGUACCCACUACCCCGCGGAGGUCUCCCAGAGACAAGCCUUCCAGGAGACGAGAGGAUACAUCCAGGCUAGACUGCACCUGCAGAGGGAAAACCAGCAGCAGGAGCGCCUACUGCUGUCAGUACUGCCAAGGCACGUUGCCAUGGAGAUGAAGGCUGAUAUCAAUGCCAAGAAGGAAGAUAUGAUGUUCCACAAGAUCUACAUCCAAAAACACGACAAUGUUAGCAUACUGUUUGCAGACAUCGAGGGCUUCACCAGCCUGGCAUCUCAGUGCACGGCCCAGGAGCUGGUCAUGACGCUGAACGAGCUGUUCGCCCGCUUCGACAAGCUGGCCUCGGAGAACCACUGCCUGCGCAUUAAAAUCCUCGGGGACUGUUACUACUGUGUGUCAGGGCUGCCUGAGCCCCGGGCUGACCACGCCCACUGCUGUGUGGAGAUGGGAGUAGACAUGAUCGAAGCCAUCUCGCUGGUGAGAGAGGUGACAGGUGUUAAUGUGAACAUGCGGGUGGGCAUCCACAGCGGUCGUGUUCACUGCGGGGUGCUGGGCCUGCGCAAGUGGCAAUUUGAUGUCUGGUCCAAUGACGUGACGCUCGCUAACCAAAUGGAAGCUGGAGGCAAGGCCGGGCGUAUCCACAUCACCAACGCCACACUGCAGUAUCUGAACGGGGACUACGAAGUGGAGCCGGGAUUUGGAGAAGAGAGGAAUACUUACCUGAAGGAUCACACCAUUGAAACCUAUUUGGUGCUGGGCUGCAGCCAAAAGAGGAAAGAGGAGAAAGCCCUGAUGGCCAAGAUGCAGAGAGCACGUGCAAAUUCUGCUGAGGGACUGAUGCCACGCUGGGUGCCUGACAGAUCCUUCUCCAGACCCAAGGAGCCCAAAGCCUUCAGGCAGAUGGGCAUCGACGAAGCAUCCAGCAAAGACAACCGCUGCACUCAGGAGGCCCUGAACCCCGAGGAUGAGGUGGAUGAGUUUCUUGGACGGGCCAUUGACGCGCGCAGCAUUGACCAGCUGCGGAAAGAUCACGUCAAGAAGUUUCUGCUCACUUUUCAGGCACCUGACCUCGAGAAAAAGUACUCCAAAAAGGUUGAUGAUCGCUUUGGAGGAUACGUGGCCUGCACGCUCCUUGUUUUCUGUUGCAUCUGUUUCAUUCAGAUCAUCAUUUUCCCGUGGACAACACUUAUGCUAGGUCUGUACAUCAGCAUCUUCAUCAUCCUCACCAACAUCCUCUUCAUCUGUGCCAUCUACUCCUGCAUCAAACUCUUCCCGGCUGCCUUGCAGACUGUAACCAAGAAAAUAGUCCAGUCACGUGCAAACAGCACACUGGUUGGCGUCUUCACCAUCCUCCUCCUCUUCAUCUCCUCUUUUGCUAAUAUGUUUUCCUGCAGCACAGAGAAUCUGGAGGAAUGCAUAGAAGAGCAGCUGAACACAAACGUGACUCUCUGCCUGCUGCACAACCUGACCAAGGCAGCGAAGGAUGGUUUGAUUCUGUGCUCCAACCAGGUCAUGCCCUGCCAUUUCCCCGAGUAUUUCAGCUACAGCGUGUUGCUGACCCUGCUGGCCUGCUCCGUGUUCCUCCACAUCAGCAGCAUAGGGAAGCUGGCUCUGAUGCUGCUCAUCCAGCUCACUUUCAUCCUGCUGGUAGAGUGGCCUCAGGUGGUCCUGUUUGACAACGCAGACCUGAUGGUCAAAGCCAAAAACUUGAAAUUAUCAAAUAAUUCCCAACAACAGCCUAGUCUCAAUGAAACUGCAGAACAGUGCCUGGAGACUGUGACCAAGGUAUCCCUAAAGGUCAUGACCCCUGUAAUCCUGACCGUUUUUGUUCUGGCUCUCUACUUGCACGGCCAGCAGGUGGAGUCCACUGCUCGCCUCGACUUCCUCUGGAAGCUGCAGGCCACAGAGGAGAAGGAGGAGAUGGAGGAGCUGCAAGCAUACAACCGGCGCCUGCUGCACAACAUCUUACCCAAAGACGUGGCCGCCCACUUUCUUGCGAGGGAGCGUAGGAACGACGAGUUGUACUACCAGUCAUGUGAAUGUGUCGCUGUCAUGUUCGCCUCCAUUAGCAACUUUUCUGAGUUUUAUGUCGAGCUGGAGGCCAACAACGAGGGAGUGGAGUGUCUCAGGCUGCUCAACGAGAUCAUCGCUGAUUUUGAUGAGAUCAUCAGCGAGGAUAGGUUCCGUCAGUUGGAGAAAAUCAAAACCAUCGGCUCCACCUACAUGGCAGCCUCCGGCCUCAACCAUUCCACCUACGAUAAAGAAGGCCGCUCACACAUUCUAGCUUUGGCCGACUACGCCAUGAGGCUCAGAGAACAGAUGAAACACAUCAACGAGCACUCCUUCAACAACUUCCAGAUGAAGAUAGGACUGAACAUGGGGCCUGUGGUGGCAGGGGUGAUUGGAGCCAGGAAACCCCAGUAUGAUAUAUGGGGGAACACAGUCAACGUGGCCAGCCGCAUGGACAGCACAGGAGCACCAGACUGCAUCCAGGUGACCACAGACUUGUACCACGUGCUGGUCAACAACGGAUACCAGCUGGACUGCCGAGGUGUCGUCAAGGUGAAGGGGAAGGGGGAGAUGACCACUUACUUCCUCACCAGCGGUCCCCCGGGCAGUUAACAACAGAGCGGGCCUGCCCACAGAGUGACUCCCAUUGCACUGACAAGACAGAGAGCAGCAGAGAGACUUGAGAGUUCAGCCCGGAGCGCGGUGCGAACACACCAGGGACAGUAGAAGGCCGGCAGAGACGAGCUCGGCCCGUCUCGGCUGUUGUCACAUAAUAAGAUGCCCCCCACCCCACCCCCCCAAGCUGCUUGAGAGAUAACGAAGCCCAGUUGCCUUAGGACGGAAGUGGCUAUGCUUGUGUUGAUGAGCAAUAGUAUGAGUAUCUCAUCUGGAGUCAUUAUUUAUUUUCAUGAGGAUGGAUUUUUUUUGUGAAAUCCUUGUACAAAAAUGAAAAUAUUUACAUACAAAAAAAAACUAUGUCACUUAACAGAAAAUAUGCAAGGACAAUAUGAAGGAUGAAAAUGACCAAAGAACAAAUGUUUGAUAUGAAACACACACACACACACACACAAAUGAUUCUAUUCAGAAAAUACGGUCAUUUAUUCAUCUGCAGAAAGCAAAGGCCACGGUAACGUCACUGUCUUUGAUAGGGACAAACUUUUAUUUUUUAGCUGUGGAUUUAUUCAUGAAGGAUAAUACACACACAUAUAUAUAUAUAUAUAUAUUUAUAUGUACACACACACGACAUUGACUCACAACAAACUAGCUUGGACAUCUGUGUUUCUUAUCAGGGCCUUCUUUGUUUCUUCCAGCCUGUGUUUAGCCACAGUCUGGACACAAGACUGUUUGUGGUUCACUGAAAUGUGUGAUUGAUUACUCGCUCUCUGCGAUGUAUUUUUGGUUCGAGCCAAAAACAAGACAUAGGAGAAGAGAACAGAUGCAUUAUUGUCAUGGUACUCCGGAGAUUGUCAAACAGUUCUGCAACGUUUUAUAAAAGUGUGUGUGUGCGAGCGUCUGUGUGUGUGUGUGAGAGUGUGUGUGUGUGUGUGCGUGUGGUGUCAGCACACAUAACUGAAUGCUGGUCUUUACCUAUAAAGGGGCAUACUGUAACUUUUCACUGUGAGGUUUUUAUGAUACUGUAUGACAAUGCUUUCUUGCCAAACCGGUCGCUGCGAGGCAUGUUUUGUAUUAUUUCAGAGUCGUGUGUCCAUUCCUGAUUUCUUGUGUCAAAAACUAUCAUUUGAGGAGAACAAUGUCUGCGUCUUUUACUGGACUGUGACUCUUUUUCUUUGUGUUUUUGACUGAUUUCAUUCCAGCCUGAUUAAGCAAAAGCUUACAAAACCUUUAUUUUGGACUGUGUUAGAGAUGUUUGAACUUAAACUGGUUUCCUGACAGCUUCAGGAUUUAAUGUGUGCCGGAGAUCUGCUCACUAGUAUUGCCUUGAGAUUUUGCAGUUCUGAGGUCCAACUACUACAUGGACCAAUAUUCACAACUUUACACUACAGUAUUUGACAUGUAUUUGGCACAUGGGGGCUUGUAGCCUCUCAAAAAUUAGUUGUUCAAAACAAUAAUCAUAUGAAUGUAAUUUAAUAUAUAUAUUUUUGCCCACAAUGAUACUACUACUGAAGAAAACCACUCUUUACUUUGCCUUUGGGACUGAGGAAGAAGAUGAAUCAUUGUAUUAAGAGGCCAUAUUGAUCAGGCUUCAUGUUUGUGUGUGAAGUGAAAGAGUAUUUUUAAUUCAGAUCAGUUUUACACCUGGUGUUGACAAACUCAAUUUUCUGUCUGAGCCUAAACAUGUUGACUUUAAGGGCCAUAAAAAAAGUUCCUCACUUCUGCUUCUUUCUCUCUGUCUCUAAAACGAAAGGUCAACAAGACAAGUUGUUAUUUUCCUUUAAGAAGUGACAGAGUUAGAGAAAUUCUGCAUUGACUGAUUUGAUUCAUUUCCCCUUGGAUAAGAAAAUUAAUAAAUAGCUGUUUUUGCAUUGA